CCUCACAAACGUAGACAUGACUUCCCCAUCGGACGGGUCAUUUGUUGAUGAUUAAGGUGAGUAUAUAUUCUUCUACUCAUUUCUUGUCUCGAUUUUACAAACUAAUUAAACACACCUUGUUGAGAAGAAAUGGCACAAGUUAUCGCGAGCGUGGAGAGUCUCGUACAGGGUUGUCCCUGCUGGGUCCUUUGACCAGGUCUGACGUCGAUAUGGAUUCUGCACGCAAAUGCAUUAUGGGGGAUCAGGGUAUCACAGCAAAGGCGAAGGGUAGUUAUGGAGGAACUAGAGGGGAUCUCACGUUUAUGAUGGCAGAGGCUGGUGACGACGAGAUUGUUGUGGUGAGAAGAGAGCAGUGGCGAUGAGAAGAGAGCGGCGGUGACAGGGCGGGCUUGCCACACGCAGUAGGCGUGGUGAUACUCCCCUCGGUGUCGGUAACGUGAGCUGUGCCAGACUUAGUCUCCAUGAUUUCUUUGUCAAGUAUUCCGGGUUAUCUGGCAACUGAUAUGUCUUCGCUGGCGGCAACAGCAUUAGACAUGGGUUCAUCGGCGAUUUACGGGGAUAGCGGUGAUAGCAAGAAAAGCCACAGCUGAAGGAGGAACCAUUCCCGUCCAUUAC